UCCUUCCUGCGUGGCGCGAGCUUGACCCGACUUGUCAAAAUGGCGUUGUUCGUAGCGGCGGAUCGCAGCUAGCUCGCGCUCUAACAGUGAUAUUCAUUCAGUUUUAGGGCCACGCACGCAGAGUUAUCCGCGACAGGAUGGCGACCCUGGACCAGAAGUCCCCCAACGUGCUGCUCCAGAGCCUCUGCUGCCGGAUCACCGGGAAAAGCGAAGCUGAAGUUGCUCACCAGUUUCAGUACGCGGUGCGAGUCAUUGGCAGUAACUACGCCCCCACCAUUGAACGCGACGAGUUCCUGGUGUCAGAGAAGAUCAAGAAAGAGCUGUUGAAGCAGAGGAGAGAAGCAGACGCCGCUCUGUUCUCGGAGCUGCACAGAAAGCUCCAGACGCAGAGCGUCCUGAAGCAUCGCUGGUCUGUCCUCUACCUGCUGCUCAGCCUCUCUGAAGACCCCCGCAAACCGUCCAGCAGGGUUGGAAACUAUGGGGCCCUCUUCGCCCAGGCCCUCCCCAGGGACGCCCACUCCACCCCGUUCUACUGCACCCGGCCUCAGAGCCUGGCCCUGGGCUACAGCGAGAGGGGCGCAGGCCUGUCAGCCAGCGUCGGGACCAGCGGCAUCUCCAGCUUGGGCGUGUACACGCUGAACGGACCCACGCCGACGCCGCAGUCGCUGCUGGCCGGUCAACCCCCUCAGUCUGCAGCAGGAGCCGCUCAGCCUCUGGGUUCUCGGCUGGCCUGGACUCUUCCCGUAAGCUGCUCCCCAUCCUCCGCUCUGGCCCUGCCCGCCGCUCGCCCGGCCCUCGGACCUCCAGCUCCCUCGACCAGAGUUGUCCGCCCUCGCCGAGACGGGGAGGUGAGCGAGGCGGCGCUGGUGCGGGACAUCCUCUACGUCUUCCAGGGAAUCGAUGGCAAGUUCAUCAAGAUGAGCGCCCAGGAUAACUGCUACAAAAUUGACAGCAAGGUGGUGCUGUGCAAGUCCCUGAGAGACACCAGCAGCCGGCUGGCCGAGCUCGGCUGGCUCCACAACAAAGUCAGGAAGUACACCGACGCCAGGAGCCUGGACCGGGCCUUCGGACUGGUCGGACAGAGCUUCUGCGCCUCGCUCCACCAGGAGCUGAAGGAGUACUACAGGCUGCUGUCCGUCCUGCACUCCCAGCUGCAGGUGGAGGAUGAGCAGGGUGUGAACGUGUGCUCAGAGAGCAGCCUGACUCUCAGGAGGCUCCUGGUCUGGAUGUACGACCCCAAAGUCCGACUCAAAACGCUGGCCGCCCUCGUCGACUUCUGCCAAGGUCGUAAAGGAGGCGAGCUGGCCUCGGCCGUCCACUCCUACGGGAAAACAGGCGACCCGCAGAUGAGAGCUCUGGUCCAACACAUCCUCAGCCUGGUGUCACACCCCAUCCUCAACUUCCUGUACAGGUGGAUCUAUGACGGGGAGCUAGAAGACACCUACCACGAGUUCUUUGUAGCAUCAGAUCCCAACGUGAAGACAGAUCGUCUGUGGCACGACAAAUACUCCCUCAGGAAGUCAAUGAUCCCCUCGUUCAUCACCAUGGACCAGGCCCGCAAGGUUCUGCUGAUCGGCAAAUCCAUCAACUUCCUGCAUCAGGUCUGUCAUGACAGAACGCCGCCGGGCAAAAUCACGCCGGCGUCCACGUCUGCAGACACGCCGAAAGACGCUGCAGAGCUGCUGUCGGACCUGGAGGGGGCGUUUCAGGAGAAGAUCGACGCCGCCUACUUUGACACCAGCAAAUACCUGCUGGACGUCCUCAACCGCAACUACCUGCUCCUGGAGCACCUGCAGGCCAUGAGGAGAUACCUGCUGCUGGGCCAAGGAGACUUCAUCAGACACCUCAUGGACCUGCUCAAACCGGAGUUGGUGCGUCCCGCCACCACGCUGUACCAACACAACCUGACUGGUAUCCUAGAGACGGCCGUCAGAGCCACAAACGCCCAGUUUGACAACGCGGAGAUCCUCAAGAGGCUGGAUGUACGCCUGCUAGAGGUGUCUCCCGGCGAUACGGGCUGGGAUGUUUUCAGUCUGGACUACCACGUUGAUGGACCCAUUGCUACGGUGUUCACGAGGGAGUGUAUGGGCCACUACCUGCGGGUGUUUAAUUUCCUGUGGAGGGCCAAGAGGAUGGAGUACACACUGACUGACAUCUGGAAGGGACAGAUGUGUAACGCCAAGUUGCUGAAGACCAUGCCUGAGUUGUCCGGCGUGCUGCACCAGUGUCACAUCCUGGCCUCCGAGAUGGUCCACUUCAUCCACCAGAUGCAGUACUACAUCACCUUCGAGGUGCUGGAGUGCUCCUGGGACGAGCUGUGGAACAAAGUGCAGCAGGCUCAGGACCUGGACCACAUCAUCGCCGCGCACGACGUCUUCCUCGACACCAUCAUCUCACGAUGCCUGCUGGACAACAACAGCAGGUCUCUUCUGAACCAGCUCCGAGCCAUUUUUGAUCAGAUCAUCGAGUUCCAGAGCGCCCAGGACUCCCUCUACCGCUCGGCGCUGGAGGAGCUCACCCUCCGACUGCAGUACGAGGAGAAGAAGCGAAAGAGGGAGGAGGAGGGUCAGUGGGGAGUGACGGCCGAACAGGAAGCAGAGGAGAAGAAGAGGAUCCAGGAGUUCCAGGAUACCAUACCAAAGAUGCGCUCCCAGCUCCGCAUCCUGACCCACUUCUACCAGAGCAUCGUCCAGCAGUUCCUCGUGUUGCUGAUGAGCAACCCAGACGAGAGUCUGCGAUUCCUCAGCUUCAGACUGGACUUCAAUGAGCACUACAGAGCCAGAGAGCCGAGGCUGCGAGCCUCGCUAGGCGCCGCCCGCGGCCGACGACUGUCAAACAUCUGACACGACAACGACGGUGGCGUCGACAGACGAGGCUUCCAGUCAUUGGAGCGAUGGGGUUGGGGGCAGUUGUGACAUCACAGAGACCGGGCCGGGCCGGGCCCAGCCAGCAGCAGACUUGAUGCGCUUCAUGUCGAGAUGAUGUCAUGCCUUGGAGGAGGGGAACCAGCGUUCUGGUAUCGGCGUAGAUCGCCAAGUGAUGACAUCACGGCAGACGGCUCCAGUGACGUCGGGGCCACGCUGGAUCACGGACUGCCCGACUGAGCUCCCACAGGGCCACCGUACAUGGCAUGCCUUAUUAAUGAGAAAAAAAAAACCCAAACCUUUUUUUUUUCUCAGCCUGGUUGCCAAAUCUAGUCCCAACACACGUAAUGUAUGUACAUAGAGUUUAUGCAAAAACGUAUGUAUGUGUGUAUAUAUGCAUCUUUGCAGCAGCUGUGGCUUCGCAUCUUCUCACUAGGAUUCAACCGAUAUCGCUAUUUUCUUUUCAAUUUUCUAUCCGUAGCAGUUAAAACGAUUCAAAUCUGAUCAUUUUUAGCGCAGUCGUUCCACAAGAGACGACGUUUUCUGCUGGGGACGCGCAAUGUAUUAAAUAUCUAAUAUUUAAGGGUCAGUAUUAAGUGUAUCGGUCUAACCCUAGCUCUCCAUUCUUUCUUUCUCCUUUAAAAAAGGAGUCGGUCAAUCAUACAGAGGAUUUUAAAUAACACACACUCACAUGGCUCAUACAGUCAGAAAUCCUUUGUUUACACCUUUAUAUUAAUACCUGCCGCUGUUGAUUUUUAAUAGUUUUGCCCUGUGGGAAAACCUCGACUGAGAGCCGGCUGAUGUAAAGAAUGUUAUGAAGCGUUUAGUUUAGUGUAUUUAAGUGUUUCCCUGCUUAAUUUAGACUUUCUGUCUGUAUGAGAGACGAGCCACGUCCACGAAACAAUCCUCUGAACAACCACAACAACCUCACGCCGUGUCGCUUUCAUAAACAAUAGCAACUCUUAAGUGUUCAGAUGUUUCAGUCGACAUGUAAAUAUCUCUAAAUGAAAGUGUGUGUUUAAAGAAUUUAAUGGUUAUACAUUUGAACCAGGGCGGUUUAUUUUCUGAAACAUUUUGAGAGAGGUGUGUGACAGUAUUGAGGUCAGUAAGGCAGCAUUAAGAUCGCUCAGAUUGGCUGCUGAGGACAAUAAACUUUAACUUUACCACGACAACAGGCUGAAAAAUAUCAACUAAAAGUGUCACAAAUUACCCAAUUAAAGACUUCCAGUCACUCCUGGGUCAGUGAAGUGAACUUAAACCUUCUCUGCUCAUCAAAAUCUGAAUUGCUGUGGCCGGACGUGACUAUUUGCUGGAUUUUUUCCCCCCCUCUUCAUAGUGCACAUAGUGAAAUGCUUUCUGCUGAAGUGUUUGUUGAGGUUGAAAAGUCAAGUGGCGUUUCAAUCAUCAAGUCAUACAAUCGCUUCCAUACGAGCAGCUGCGAGCAUCGAUCACACCUUUUUUUGCAGGAGCUCUGAUCCUGGGUCAGGGAACAGCAUUUUUUUUUUUUUUUACAGGUUAAUGUAUGAAAACUAUUAACUAUAAAAUAAACCUGCGUCAAAGAAUCCACGUCAGAUUUUAUUUUGACAGUCAAUGAAACAAACAGGUGCUGCAUACGGUCUCUGGACCAGUUCACUGCUUUCUGACAAUGAGUGUGUGUGUGUGUGUGUGUGUGCGCGCGCGUGUGUGUGUGUUUAAAUAUGAAUUAAAGUGAAAUGAAUUAUCAAACUGAACCUGGGUCAGCACUCCUGCACCGUCUGUCUCUGUCUGUCCUCUACAUUGUAUAGCACAUAAUGUAUAGAAUAUAGGGAAACAAACCAUCCCGCUUCUUCUUUAAUAAAAUGUUUUUUAUGAA